AUGACGGCGCAAGGCAGAACUUCCGCGCACGUGACUUCCACCGCCUCCUCGUCCGCGCUCCGCCAAUCUACCGCCCAAAGCCUAACAUCCGCGGGUGCAGUGGUCGCGCAGGCUUCCGCGCCUCCCCCUUCCCCUCCCGAUGACCGGCCAGGCGACGGGGACUGGGGGAGUAUUCUGCCCGCGGGGAACGAAGCGCGGCUGAUACCCGCCAAUGAGAUCAUUGGUGUGUGCCGAUCCGGAGUCCCGUCGGCUAGCUCAAUGUCUUCUCCUUUCCUUCCCAACUUCUUCUUUCCAUCUCCUCCCCUUCACCCCUUUCAUUGCCUCGCAGCCACCUCCACCAUCACCAUCGCCCCUGGCUGGAACGGACAGACGUUCGCCAACUAUGUGGGCAAGCUGCCAGACGAGCAGUUUGAUCUCAUCAUGGAUUUACUCUUCGACAAGGACAAGGGCAUCGGACUCAAUUUGGCCCGCUACCUCAUAGGCGGGAGCGUCAACUACACCAACAACUCCCAGUUCCUCACUGCUGCCUGGGAAACCCACUAUAUCCCCGGCUUCAGCGUCCAGCCAAACGGGCCGUACGACUGGACGUCAGACGGGCGGCAGAGGCGGACAAUGCUCGCCGCCCUGGCGCAGAAUGUGGACGAGGUUGAGGCGGUGUCGUACUCGCCGCCCUGGUGGAUGACCUUCAGCGGGGACACGGCCGAGACUGAAAUGGGCAAGUGUAACUUAAAGCCCGAGUAUUUCUAG